AUUUAGCAUAACUAUGGCAUUCUCAGCAUUACACAUUCAGGCCCAGAGGCUUCCAGCAGCUUCAUGAUGCCAAUCCUAGUUUAUCUACUUUCUGGACCUCCAGGUGCUAUAAAGUACCUUCCGUUUCCAUAGACCUUGAGGACACUCAAAGCGGUGGAUUCUGGGACUUACAGAACCCCCCCCCCCCCCCCCCCCGCGAAGAUUAAAGUCUGUGGACCAAUAGAAUUUGAGCACGGACGGCUGUACUUGCCUCCGCUGACUCUGGUUUCUCAGACACCCCCUAGAAUUAGCCAAUGAGAGGCGGAUGGGUCCUGGUCGCCUAGGAAACCGCGUGACAACAAGAUGGCGCCGCGCGGGACUGCACAGUGGGCCUGCGUGGAGGCGAGGGAUAAAACUCUACGGAGAUGAAAAUGAGGUGGACUUGCUGAAUGAUGGACAGGGCUCGGAAGAAAGGAUCUCCGUCCCUUCCUGCUAUGGCGGCAUAGGUGCCCCUGUGAGUAGGCAAGACCCCACGGCCCACAACUCAGAGCUGGUGGCCACCAUGACAAUGAAGGUGCGGGACCUGGAGCGGCAGGUGAAGGCCCAGACUGAUGAGAUGCUGUCCAAGGAUCGGAAGAUCCGGGCCCUGGAGAAAAUGGUGGAGACCCUGCAGGAGAACGAGGGUCAGGCGUCCCUGCAGCGGCAGGAGGAGCUGGAGACCAUGUGCAUGAAGCUGCAGCGGCAGGUCAGGGAGAUGGAGCGGUUCCUCGGUGACUAUGGCCUGCGCUGGGUGGGUGAGCCCACGGACCAGGAGGACUCGGAGGACAGCACAGGCUCAGAGGAUGAUGACAAGAGGGACUGGAUGAAGGCCAACAAGUUCUGGAAGCCAGGGGAUUCACUGGUGCCCCCUGAGGUGGACUUUGACAGGCUGCUGGCUAGCCUGAAGGAUCUCAGUGAGCUGGUGGUAGACGAUGACACCCAAGAGACGCCAGUGCCCUGCGGAGCACAGCCCUACGUCCUUGAGCCCAUCCCACUGAAGCUGUACCGGAACGGCAUCAUGAUGUUUGACGGGCCCUUCCGGCCGUUCCAUGAUCCUGCCACACAGCGCUGCCUCCGAGACAUAUUGGAUGGCUUCUUCCCCUCAGAGCUCCAGCGCCUGUACCCUGAUGGGGGCCCUUUUAAGCCUCUCGAUGCCCUCCCUGCAGGCUCCAAGAUGACUGCAGAGAAGUUUCUGAGCAGGCUCCCCAAGUAUGUGAUCCGUCAAGGCGAGGUGAUUGACAUCCGGGGCCCUAUCCGGGACACCCUGAAGAGCUGCUGCCCGUGGCCUGUCCCGGUCCAGGAGAUUGUGGUGGAGACACCUGCCCUGACUGCAGAGCGUAAGAGGAUCCAGGAGUCACCAGAGUCACCUGCUCCCCGGCUCUCCAUGCUUCGCGUCAAGUCUGAGGAUGGUGAGCAGGCCUUUCUGCUGCUGAUGCGGUCCGAGGACACUGUCGGUGAUGUGCGUGACCUGCUCGCACAGGCCAGGGCCGUGGACGCAAACACCUUCGAGAUCUUCCGUCCGUUCCCGCCCACAGUGUAUGAGGACGACGCGCUCACGCUGCAGGCCGCAGGACUGGUGCCCAACGCAGUUCUGCUACUGCGUGCGCGCCGUGGGGCUCUGCCACCUGCCCCCUGACCCAGCCCGGCCACCAAUCCCAAUAAAGCGCCCGCCCCUAACCAGCU